GAUUUUAUAAUUGGAUCCUGUAGUUUUAGUCUUUAAUUUUGGACUUAGAAGUUUUAAAGUAUGAAUAAUGAUCUUGAAUCUAUGAUCAUUGAUAAUAAUAUUUCAACUCAAAAUAAUGUAUUAUACAAGAGUAAAAAAAUAUUAGAGUCUGACACUAAACAUGAUGGUAGUACGCUUCCAUGGGUUGAAAAGUAUAGACCAGAAGAUUUAAAAGAAAUAGUUUCUCAUCAAGAUAUUAUUCUUACUAUUGAAGAAUUUAUUAAGAAAAAUAGGAUUCCUCAUUUAUUGUUUUAUGGACCUCCUGGAACAGGGAAAACAUCUACAAUUUUAGCAUGUGCUAAGAAAAUAUAUGGUCCAAAAUUUCGAAAUCAACUUUUAGAACUUAAUGCAUCUGAUGAAAGAGGAAUUGAUGUAGUUAGAGAACAAAUUAAAAAUUUUGCAAGCACAAAACAAAUAUUUAAUUCUGGGUUUAAACUUGUUAUUCUUGAUGAAGCGGAUGCUAUGACUUUAGCUGCACAAAAUGCUUUAAGAAGAGUUAUUGAAAAAUAUACAAAAAACGUGCGAUUUUGCAUAAUAUGUAAUUAUGUUAAUAAGAUUUCAUUAGCAAUUCAAUCACGUUGUACUCGAUUUAGAUUUCAGCCCCUUUCUUCAAAAGAAAUUUGUCUUAAACUUGACUAUGUUAUCAAAAAUGAAAAUAUUAAUAUUAGUGAAAAAGGUAAAGCAGAAUUAGUAAAACUUGCAGAUGGCGAUAUGAGGAAAGGAUUAAAUAUUUUACAAGCAUGUCAUGCAGCUUAUGAUUUUAUUGAUGAAGAUGCAGUAUAUAACUGUGUCGGGAAUCCCCAUCCUGAAAUUAUUGAAUUAAUAGUAAAAAGUUUAUUUAAUGAUGAAUUUUUAAUAUCUAUUAUAAAAGUAAAAACUGAAAGAGGAUUAGCUUUGCUAGAUAUAAUAACAGGAGUAUACGAAGUUCUUGAUGAACUUGAACUACCUAUAAAUUUACAAUGUCAUGUAUUGGAUAAUCUUGCCAUGAUAGAGUAUCGGCUAUCAAAUGGAGCAUCUGAAAAAAUUCAAUUAUCUGCCAUGAUAGGAACUAUUAAAACAGGAAUAGAUUUAGCUGAAAAAAUGAAAAAAUAA